AUGAAAACGAGUCUAGCUUCACUGUGUGGAAUAAUCGAUUGCUUGAAGAAUGAUCCGAACUUGGAAUUCUCCUUUGACGAAAAGGCUUUGGAUGAGGAGGUCAAAGAAUUUGGAACACCGCUAGAUAAAUCAACGAAUCAUCGUUUGCGUGAACUAACAACAUCAGAUCUACAAAUUCAAUUCCACAACAAUCACCGUAUGGCUCACCCCAGCAGUCAAAAAGCAAGAUCUGCUGAUUUGUUCAAAACGUCCAAAGCGCUUCAGCGUAAACCUGCACUCAAAAUUUCGUUAUCGGGAAAUGAUAAUGCUCGAAUAGUUGAAAACUAUAAGCAAGUAGAGCAAGAAGAAUACGAUAAGUUCAUAAGCAGUCUUCAAAAUCAGUUAUCAGUUGAAAAUCCGGAAACGACAUCAGCAACUCAGCUGAUAGUCAGUGAUCAGGAAGCAACACCGACAAUUACCACUGUUGCAUCCUCCGAACUACCAACCGUUCCCGUGUCUCCGAUUAUUCCAGCCCUUCGUAUGUUACCUUCCGUUGAAUUAAUCAAUUUUUUUCUCUCUCUGUGGAGGAAAAUAUCAUUGAGAAUAUAUGACUGUAUAAAACAAUCGAUCGCUUUAAGAAUGAUCCAAACAUACAAUUUUCUCUCGACGACAAAGUAA